AUGUGUGAAGCCCUCAAUCGAGACUACCAGCUGUGCCAGGAGCUCGGCCGCGGCCGUUUCGGCGUCGUCUACCGCUGCUACUCCGCCGACGGGGAACCUUUCGCCUGCAAAUCCAUCCGCAAGGCCUCCCUAUCCCCCGAUCCCGCCGACCGCCGCUGCCUCGAGGCGGAGCCCAAGAUCCUCCACCUCCUCUCCGCCUGCCCCAACAUCCUCCGCCUGCGCGCCGCCUACGAGGACGAAGAGCACGUCCACAUCGUCACCGACCUCUGCGACGGCGGCGAUCUGUUCGAUCGGAUCUCCGCCGGCGCCCCGUUCCGCGAGUCGGACGCCGCCGCAGUGCUCCGGCAGCUGAUGACGGCCAUCGCGUUCUGCCACCGGAUGGGGGUGGCGCAUCGUGACAUCAAGCCGGACAACAUCCUGUUCGACUCCCGGGGGAGGCUGAGGCUGGCCGAUUUUGGAUCCGCCGAGUUUUUCAGGGAUUCCGGGAUGAUCGGGGUCGUGGGGACGCCGUACUACGUGGCGCCGGAGGUUCUGUCGGGGAGGGAGUACGGGGAGAAGGUGGACGUGUGGAGCGCGGGUGUGAUUCUGUACAUAAUGCUCGCGGGAGUGGCGCCGUUCUACGGGGAGGGUCCGGCGGAGACUUUUGAGGCAGUGCUGAGGGGUAAUUUGAGGUUCCCGACGAAGAUUUUCCGAUCCGUGUCGGCUGAGGCCAAGGAUCUGUUGAGGAAGAUGAUCUGCAGGGAUGUUUCUAGAAGGCUAUCUGCAGAGCAAGUCCUCAGGCAUCCAUGGAUUGUAAAUGGAGGAGAUACUCAUACCUCCCCAUUGGAAACUUAG